AUGAGGAUCCCAGCCAACACUCUCCCUGCUACAAGGAUCGCCGUAGUUCAAGGCGACGACGGACAUCUCCGAAUCGACCAUGGAGUUCCGAUGCCGGUGCCAAAGCCGAAUGAGUUGCUGGUGCAGGUCAAGGCGGUUGCGAUUAACCCCUGCGACUACAAAAUGUACGAGCGGUUUCCAGCUCCGGGCGCCAUCGACGGAUGCGACUUCUCGGGAGUAGUCGUCGGACUCGGCGCUGACGUGAAAACCUUUCGGACUGGGGACCGGGUGUGUGGGGCCGUGCACGGAUCAAACCCGCUUCGGACUGAGGUCGGGUCUUUUACCGAAUACACCGUCGCUGAGUCUGAAUUCACGCUCAAGGUUCCACCCGACAUGUCCUUCCAGGAAGCCGUAGGUUUGAGCGUCACCGGACUGAGCACUCUAGGAAUGGCCCUGAUCAAAGGCCUUGCCUUGCCGGGGACCCCUGAGGAGCCUUCAGCCAAGCCACUAACGGUUCUGGUCCACGGAUCCAGCUCGUCAGUGGGAACCUUGGCACUGCAGUUGCUUCGCCUAAUGGGCCAUGUUCCUAUUGCGACCUGCUCACCUAAGAAUUGUGAGCACGCAAAAAAACAUGGCGCAGAGGAAGUCUUUGACUAUAACGACGAGACUUGCGCCGCAAAGAUCAAAGCAUACACGCGCAACUCCCUGUCUUACAUUCUAGACCCAUUCACGGACGCCAAAAGUGUUGCGCUCUGCUUCGGUGCCAUGGGACGGGCGGGGGGUCGAUAUGAGUGCCUGGAAAUGUAUCCUCCGUACGCAACCGACCGCAAGUCUAUCAAAGUGCACUUCACCAUGGGUAUGGGUAUCCUGGGUCACCGUCUAGAUCUGGACUACGGUUAUGAGCGUGACGAAGACCCCGCCAUGCGCGCUUGGGGGAUGGAGUGGUAUCGAAGCUUGCAAUGGUUGCUUGAUCAACGCAAGUUGAGGCCUCAUACGCUAAAAGAGCUGCCGGGCGGGUUUCAGGGCAUACUGGAAGGUAUUGGAAUGUUGAAGAACAAGCAGGUCUCUUGCGAGAAGCUGAUUGUGACCAUCGAUGCGUCUUGA